AUGGAUCAAUUUUUUGUUACAUCUUCUAAUCCUUCGUUACGUCAAAUCAGUAAAAUUCAACGAGCAUAUCAAAUUGUAUUGAUUACUAGCAUUAUCUGGUCUCUUCAAUCGCUUAUUGCUUAUUUUAAUGUGGCUAUUUCACCAAUUACUGGUGCAUGUGUUCCCAAUAGUCCUGGAUCUUCUCUUUAUGCUGCAUUAUUUUUCAAUUUUAUUAUUAGUGUAAUUUCAAUAACAAUACCAAUGAUAUUUGGAUAUUUAAAUUAUCGUAAUAUUCAUCAAACAACAGUUCUUGCUGAACAACAAGCUGAUCGACAAGUGGUAAAAAUGGUUCUUCUACAAAUUAUACUAAUUAUCAUUUCUAAUACUUCUCUUGGUGGACUCAAUACAUAUGGAUUGAUUACAACUGGAGUUAUUAAAAGUCAAGAACAACAAUUACAAGAAUAUUGUGCCUUAUUACUCAUCAAUCUUAUAGUAUCGAUAUAUUUUGCGGCAGGUUUGAUACAUCUUUGA